AUGGACUGGACCCAUCCGUUCAUCUGGUGAGUUUGUUUGGUUACACUGUACUUGAACCCAUUGGCUAUAGGUAAGUGAACCUAAACAACAACUGCUUUCGUGAGUGUCUAAAGUCAGUUGUCAUAAACAGACCAGCUGCCGUGAAGGUGUACAAUUACAUUGUGUCACAUAACUAGCACUUGUGAGAAAGAGUUCAAAUAAAGUGUAACCUGUUUGUUAAUAUUUGUCAAGGGCUGAGCGUAGAUGUGGUGCAGAAAUCAAGCGCAGGACUACAGAGGCUCUUCAACAGUCUUUAGUGAGGAUCAAACAAAUACAAAAGGCUCACGGCAAAAUCCCAGCCGGAGGGCAAGCGAAACAAUUACGCACACAGGGAACAGUGCAUAACCCAAACUGCGCACACAGUGCGGACACUCUCUCAAAACAAACACAGAACGAGAGAGAACAAACUAACGCCUAGCUGACACGAAACAAUUACACACAACACAUGACAAAACCUAAGAGAACUUAUAGGGCACAUAAUCAACACUAACAAAGAACACCAGAACGGUGGCAGCUAGUACUCCGGAGACGACGACCGCCGAAGCCUGCCCGAACAAGGAGGAGGAGCAGCCUCGGCCGAAACCAUGACAGUACCCCCCCCUUGACGCGCGGCUCCAGCCGUGCGCCGACCCCGGCCUCGAGGACGACCAGGCGGACGCGGAGCAGGGCGCGUAGGAUGACCACGAUGGAACUCGGUCAGAAGAGACGGGUCUAAGAUGUCCCUCCUCGGCACCCAGCACCGCUCCUCCGGGCCGUACCCCUCCCACUCCACGAGAUAUUGGAGCCCCCCCAUCCGGCGUCUCGAAUCCAGGAUGGACCGAACAGUGUACGCCCGAGCCCCCUCGAUGUCCAGCGGGGGCGGAGGAGUCUCCUCUAUCUCAAAGUCCUGGAGUGGACCAGCUACCACCGGCCUGAGGAGAGACACAUGGAACGAGGGGUUAAUAUUCUUGUAAUCAAUAGGCAAUUGUAACCUGUAACACACCUCGUUCAACCUCCUCAGGACUUUAAAAGGCCCCACAAACCGCCGACCCAGCUUCCGGCAGGGCAGACGGAGGGGCAGGUUUCUGGUCGAGAGCCAGACCCGAUCUCCCGGUGCGUACACCGGUCCCUCACUGCGGUGGAGAUCGGCGCUCGUCUUCUGUUGACGGAUGGCCCGCUGCAGAUGGACGUGAGCAGCGUUCCACGUCUCCUCCGAGCGCCGCACCCACUCAUCCACCGCAGGGGCCUCGAUCUGGCUCUGAUGCCAAGGUGCCAGAGCCGGCUGGUAUCCUAAAACACACUGGAACGGAGUUAGUUUGGUGGAGGAGUGGCGGAGAGAGUUCUGUGCCAUCUCGGCCCAGGGAACAUACCUCGCCCACUCCUCCGGCCGGCCCUGGCAAUAUGACCUCAGAAACCUACCCACAUCCUGGUUCACACGUUCGACCUGCCCAUUGCUCUCCGGGUGGUACCCCGAGGUAAGGCUAACCGAAAUCCCCAAGCGCUCCAUAAAAGCUCUCCAGACUCUGGAGGUAAAUUGGGGGCCUCGAUCAGACACUAUAUCUUCGGGUACCCCGUAAUGCCGGAAGACGUGGGUGAAUAGUGCCUCAGUGGUCUGUAGGGCAGUAGGGAGACCCGGCAUGGGAAGGAGACGACAGGCCUUCGAGAACCGGUUCACAACGACCAGAAUGCUGGUAUUCCCCUGUGAGGGGGGAAGGUCUGUAACAAAAUCCACCGAGAGGUGCGACCAGGGCCGUUGUGGAACGGGCAGGGGUUGUAACUUACCCCUGGGCAAAUGUCUAGGCGCCUUACACUGGGCACACACCGAGCAGGAGGAGACAUAAACCCUCACAUCCCUGGCUAACGUUGGCCACCAGUACUUCGUGCUAAGGCAGUGCACUGUCCGACCAAUACCUGGAUGGCCAGAGGAGGGUGACGUGUGAGCCCAAUAAAUGAGUCGAUCCCGAACCUCGAGCGGAACGUACGUCCGACCCACCGGACACUGGGGAGGACUAGGGUCGGUACGUAACGCCCGCUCGAUUUCAGCAUCGACCUCCCACACCACCGGUGCCACCAAACAAGACUUCGGUAUUAUGGGAGUGGGCUCAACGGACCUCUCCUCUGUGUCAUACCGCCGAGACAGGGCGUCUGCCUUUCCGUUCUGGGACCCAGGAAUGUAAGUGAUCUUAAACACGAACCUGGCUAGAAACAUAGUCCACCGCGCCUGGCGAGGAUUUAGUCUCCUAGCUGCCCGAAUGUAUUCCAGAUUACGGUGGUCAGUCAAAAUGAGAAAAGGGUGUUGAGCCCCCUCAAGCCAAUGCCUCCACACCUUUAGGGCCUGUACCACGGCUAACAGCUCCCUGUCCCCUAAGUCAUAAUUUCGCUCCGCCGGACUGAGCUUUUUCGAGUAAAAGGCACAGGGGCGGAGUUUAGGUGGCGUGCCGGACCGUUGCGAGAGAACGGCUCCGAUACCGGCCUCUGACGCGUCCACCUCCACUUGGAAUGGUAAAGCGGGAUCCGGGUGCACCAGCACCGGCGCCGAAGUAAACAGGUCCUUCAGUCUCCCAAAAGCCCUGUCCGCUUCAACUGACCACCGCAAGCGCACCGGACCCCCCUUCAGAAGGGACGUGAUGGGAGCUGCCACCUGUCCAAAACCCCGGAUAAACCUCCGGUAAUAAUUCGCAAAGCCCAAGAACUGCUGCACCUCUUUAACUGUGGUUGGGGUUUGCCAAUUACGCACGGCUGACACACGGUCAACCUCCAUCUUCACCCCUGACGCAGACAACUGAUAACCCAAAAAGGAGACCGACUCCUGGAAAAACAGACAUUUCUCUGCCUUGACAUACAGGUCGUGCUCCAACAGUCUCCUCAAUAAUCGGCGCACCAGGGCUACAUGCUCGGCUCGGGUAGAACUGUACACCAGAAUAUCGUCUAUAUACACGACCACCCCCUGUCCCUGCAUGUCCCGGAAAAUCUCAUCUACAAAGGAUUGGAAGACUGACGGAGCAUUCAUUAAACCGUAUGGCAUGACGAGAUACUCGUAAUGACCCGAGGUGGUACUAAAUGCUGUCUUCCAUUCAUCGCCCUCCCUAAUGUGCACCAAGUUGUAGGCGCUCCUGAGGUCCAAUUUUGUGAAGAACCUUGCCCCGUGUAAUGACUCCGUCAUAGUCGCAAUCAGAGGGAGUGGAUAACUGUAUAUUACAGUAAUCUGAUUGAGACCACGGUAAUCAAUACACGGGUGCAAACCUCCAUCUUUCUUCUUCACAAAAAAUAAGCUCGAGGACGCAGGGGAAGUGGAGGGCCGUAUGUAUCCCUGUCUCAGAGACUCAGCUAUGUAUGUCUCCAUAGCUCUCUUCUCCUCUUGCGACAACGGAUACACAUGGCUCCGCGGGAGCGCAGCUCCUGCCUGGAGAUCUAUCGCACAAUCCCCCUGUCUAUGAGGUGGCAAUCGCGCCGCCCUCGCCUUGCUAAACACGACUGCCAGAUCCUCAUACUCGGGGGGAAUGUGCAAUGCGGGCACUUGGUUUGGACUCUCCACCGAGGUCGCCCCCACGGAAACACCCAGACAUCACCCCCCACACUGGGCAGACCACCCCUUAAGAGCCCUCUCGCGCCACGAAAUAGUGGGAUCAUGAGUAAUCAACCAGGGAAGCCCCAGCACCACCGGAUACGCAGGAGAGUCAAUCAGAUAUAGCUGAAUCGUCUCCUCAUGACCCCCCUGCGUCUCCAUCCUAAGUGGCGCUGUGACCUCCCUAAUCAACCCCGAUCCUAACGGACGGCUAUCUAGGGCAUGUACAGGGAAGGGAUCUUUAACAGGAAGGAGAGGAAUCCCUUUACAAAACGUACGAUCUACAAAAUUCCCAGCCGCGCCUGAAUCUACUAGCGCCUUAUGCUGGGAACGAGGUGCAACCUGUAAAAAACAAACAGGUAUGGUUAUGUGCACGACAGAGAGCUCUGGGUAAGUGGGGCGCCUACUCACCAGGAAGGACUCCCCAGCGCGUGGCCUGCCGUCUCGUCCCUCAGGAGACCCUCCCCAGCACCUGGCCGCAGUGUGUCCUCCACGGCCACAGUUGGUGCAGGGGAUGGCCCCCCUCGAACUCCCUCUCCUCCGUUCUCUAGCGCCAGCCCCCCCGAGCUCCAUGGGACUCGACUCGGAGGUGCUGGAGGGUGGAAUGGGCGACCCCCCCCCAGGGCGUCCACGGGUGGCCAGCAGGGUGUCUAGGCGAAUUGCCAUGUCCACCAGUUGGUCAAAGGUGAGAGUGGUGUUCCUGCAGGCCAACUCUCUACGGACUUCCUCCCUGAGGCUGCAGCGAAAGUGGUCUAUGAGGGCCCGCUCAUUCCACCCUGCAUCAGCCGCUAGAGUCCGGAACUCCAGUGCAAAAUCUUGGGCACUCCUCAUCCCCUGCCGGAGGUAGAACAGACGCUCCCCCGCCGCUUUCCCCUCUGGUGGAUGGUCGAACACAGUCCGGAAGCGGCGGGAGAAUUCUGCAUAUGUGAUAGUAGCGGCGUCUAUCCUCCUCCAUUCGGCGUUGGCCCAUUCCAACGCCUUGCCGGUGAGACAGGAGAUGAGGGCGGAAACGCUCUCGUAUCCCGAGGGCACCGGGUGUACAGUGGCUAGGUAAAGUUCGACUUGUAGAAGGAAACCCUGACACCCGGCAGCGGUGCCAUCAUACGCCCUCGGGAGCGAGAGCCGAAUCACACUGGGUUCCGGAAGUUGAACAGGCGGACUGGCUGAUGGCGAUGGUGCGAUGGGUGGAUGCGUGGGAGCCCCGCCGAUCUCCCAUCUACGGAUGGUCUCCACCACCCCCUCGAGAGAGUUCCCAAUCCAGCUGAUCUUUUGAUCCUGUUCGCGAAGGCGCUCCUCGAUUGCCUCGACAGAUGAGGCGGCUCCUGCUGAUUCCAUAAUGGUGUGCAAUUCUGUCAAGGGCUGAGCAUAGAUGUGGUGCAGAAAUCAAGCGCAGGACUACAGAGGCUCUUCAACAGUCUUUAGUGAGGAUCAAACAAAUACAAAAGGCUCACGGCAAAAUCCCAGCCGGAGGGCAAGCGAAACAAUUACGCACACAGGGAACAGUGCGUAACCCAAACUGCGCACACAGUGCGGACACUCUCUCAAAACAAACACAGAACGAGAGAGAACAAACUAACGCCUAGCUGACACGAAACAAUUACACACAACACAUGACAAAACCUAAGAGAACUUAUAGGGCACAUAAUCAACACUAACAAAGAACAGGUGUACAAACAGACCAAACCAAACGAACAUCGAAACAUAGAACGGUGGCAGCUAGUACUCCGGAGACGACGACCGCCGAAGCCUGCCCGAACAAGGAGGAGGAGCAGCCUCGGCCGAAACCGUGACAAUAUUACACAGCACACCAGUGGUUUUAAUGUUUAUUGAGCCUUCAUCUUGAAGGAUGAUAAGAACUUAUGAUUCCUACAGCAUCAUUAGAUUAUGUUUUCUUCUACUUCCUGGCCACAGAUCAGAAAAUAGCUCUCUUUCUGAUCAGAGUCAUCCUACAGACAUGUUUCAAGGGGCUGUAUUUACCUUGUUGUGACACACAACUCCUCCUAUACCUCCCAUCUCAGCCCUCUCUCCCUGUGUUGCUCUGCUCCAGGCUGCUUUGUGUCUCUGUGUGUGAGUGUUGGCGGUUGGCCCGGUCCCUGCCAGCCCUACAUGGGGAGGUCCAGUCCCCCCAGUUCCCCCAGCCAUACCCUGCUGCCCUGUCACAACAGUGGGACCUCAGUGUACCUGAGGGCUACCAGCUCCAGCUCAGCUUCACUCAACUGGACAUCGAGCCUUCCGCCAACUGUUACUACGACUCACUCACGGUCAGUGGACCUCAAAAGAAUACUUCGAUACCUUAUUAUAAAAUGUAUUAGGAUGUAUUCAAUGUUUCUUACCGAUAUUGAAAUAUGUCCAAGAACCUUCUUCACUCUGUCAUUCCAGGUUUUAUAUGACAAGAAGGUCCUUGCAAAGUUCUGUGGUCAGGAGAAUUCUGCUGAUGGACAUCACCCAGGCAACCAGCCACUCUUGUCUCCAGGCAACAGGCUCACCCUGGUCUUUCAGACAGACGACACGAACCCUGAGCCACACCAGCACCUUGGCUUCUCCGCCCACUAUCAGGCCAAAGGUAGUGUAGCCCGUACCAACCCCACUAGAGGAUCAGAUACCCUGCUCACAACAGUACUACAUAUCCAAGCCAACUGUAGAACACUGUUAAACCACAAACACCAUGCAAGUCUCAGGGAAGGUGACAUCACUGUGUGAUGCUAAGCUACACCCCCCACCUCUCUCCUUCCCUCCACCUCUCUUCUCCAUCCCUCUCUCCAUCCCUAUCCCAGACAUAGAUGAGUGUUCAGCUCCAGACCCUGAGGAUGGUUCUGGUCCACUCUGCUCCCAGUUCUGCCACAACACCCUGGGCUCCUACAUGUGCUCCUGUCGCCAUGGCUACGAGCUCCGCCCUGACCAGCGCACUUGUGUCUGUGAGUACACCUACUCUCUAUCUGUGUGUGUGUGUGUGUGUGUGUGUGUACUGUAGUCCUAUACAUCUUAUGGACAUCUCUCUCUCCCCCUGACCAGUGUCCUGUGGUGGGGGUAUAUUUGAUGAACCAGAGGGGACUCUGUCCAGCCCGGGGUACCCUGACCCGUCACCCCACGGCCUGGCCUGUCAGUACGUCAUCUCUGUGGAGCCUGGGUUCAUCGUCACCCUCAACUUCACUGACAGCUUCCACAUAGAGCACAUAGGCACCCAGAAUGUACCCAGCUGCCUCUACCACUGGCUACAGGUAACACUGUACACUGCAUUAAUUAAGUAUUGAAUGUGUGUGUUUGUUCAUGUGUGUGUUCAUGCAUGUGUGUGUGUCAAGGUUUGUGUCUGUGUUCAGGACGCUAUGUUUACAGUGUUUGAUAUCUCCUCUGCCUCACCCAGGUGUCCAUCCCAGACAAGGAACCCCAGAAGCUGUGUGGAGGGAAGAGUCCUGGACUAAUGCCCACUAACUCUCACACUGUCCAGCUAGACUACCACACAGACUGGGCUGGUCUGAGCCAGGGCUGGAGCCUCCACUACACUACUCAGAGUGAGAGAGGGUGGGGGAAAGGCAUAGAGAGGGAGAACAGAGGUAGAGGGAGAUACUGGAAGAGGACAGGGAGAAAGACAGAGCAAGGGAGAGUAUGAAGGGAAGGCCAGAUGCAAACUGGUGAAGGGCAAAAAAGGUGAGAAGGUAAAACCUCCCGGAAGUAAAGCAGAGAAUACAGGUCAAAGUUGAUAUGUCUGUGUUGUUGUUCAUAGGGGUGCAGUGUGCUUCACCCAGUUAUGUCACCAAUGGAAGAGUCACCCCAAACUUUCUCCAGUACUAUUACCGAGACUACAUCCAAGUCCGCUGUGACUCUGGCUACAAACUAAUUAUGGUGAGAUUAAACAAUCCCUUUUUUACCCUGCCUCUUAUCAUUCUCUCUUUCCUCAUACUUCCUUCUCUCUUUCCUUCUCUUGUUUAUAUUCAGUCUUUCUAUUUUCUUCAAGGGCUCUUUUCCUGGAAAUAUCCCCUGUGAAGAGCGACUAAACUGUCAGUGUAUCGACUAAACUCUCUCUCUCUCUCUCUCUCUCUCUCUCUCUCUCUCUCUCCUCUCUCUCUCUCUCUCUCUCUCUCUCUCUCUCUCUCUCUCUCUCUCUCUCGCUCCUCUCUCUCUCUCUCUCUCUCCUCUCUCUCCUCUCUCUCUCUCGCUCUCUCUCUCUCUCUCUCGCUCUCUCUCUCUCUCCGCUCUCUCUCACUCGCUCUCUCGUUCUCUCUCUCUCUCUCUCUCUCUCUCUCUCUCUCGGCUCUCGCUCUCUCUCUCUCUCUCGCUCUCUCUCUCUCUCUCUCUCUCUCUCUCUCUCUCUCUCUCUCUCUCUCUCUCUCUCUCUCUCUCUCUCUCUCUCUCUCUCUCUCUCUCUCUCUCUCUCAGGAUGGCAGAGAGAUCAAGAGCUAUGCCUCCAUGUGUCAAAAUAAUGGAAAGUGGCACCUCUCCCUCCCUGAGUGCCACAGUGAGUCACAACCAUAGAAAUACAACCUAAUACAGUCAAGUUCCACAUUAAACACAGAUGUAUUUUGGUUUCUCUCUCUCUUUCUCUCUCUCUCUCUCUCUCUCUCUCUCUCUCUCUCUCUCUCUCUCUCUCUCUCUCCUGUGCAGUAAUUGACUGUGGGGAACCUGAAGCAUUGUUGAAUGGAGGGGUAAAGUUCAUAUCUGGCUCUCAGAACCAGUACCUCUCCGUCAUUCAGUACCACUGCAAUGAACCUUUCUACUCACUCCUUGGAGGAGCAACUGGUGAGAUGUUUAACUAUCCUUCAUCAGUCACACACAUUUGCUCACUAAACAAUAAUAUUUUUUUAUUUAAUUUGUGUUGACAACCACUCUAUGUCUGUCUGUCUGUCCUUCAGUGAGCUACACUUGUGCAGCAGAUAGAAAGUGGAGAGACAACCUUGAUACCCAUGUCAUUCCCUCAUGUAUCCCAGGUAACUCCUUAAGUACCAUUUUCUUUACCAUAUCCCCCAAAUACCAUCCUGUAUGUAUUUGUGUGACCCUCAUCACUACUUUACCCCCCACCCCCAGUCUGUGGCCAGCCCACGGAGCCCAUCUCAGGCUUUCAGAGGAUCAUGGGGGGAGACAAAGCCCCAGACAAAACCAUACCCUGGCAGGUGAUGCUCAGUGUGGACGGAAGCAGAGGAGGGGCCAUUGUGAUCGGGGACCGCUGGAUCAUGACUGCAGCUCAUAACCUGGUGCAACAGGGCACACCUGUGCUAAAGGAGAAACUUCGGGUAGGUAGAUUGUGACACGUACCCAUCAAUUCAUUGGACACUGGAGAACAAAAUAAUUUCCUGCUUAUGUUUUUAAAGGUAUAGUAACUACAGGCAAAGAGAAGCCUUCAGUACUUUGGUAAAGCCACCACAGGCUAACGUUUGAAUUACGUGUGUAGAAGUCCUUCAGUGAUGUCAGAUUUUAAGAAGUUGAAGAUCUAUUCUGAAGUUGAAUUCUGUUUUGAUUUCAAGGUUUUUGUGGGAGACAAUGAUGCAGAAAAACUAGCAAAGCUCACCCCUCUUGGUGUCGCCUCUCUCCACCCCCACCCUGAAUACAAUAACCCAGAUGAUGCAAACUACAAUCAUGACAUUGCCCUGAUAAAACUCCAACAAUCACUCACAUUCCACGCUGCCAUUAUGCCAUUGUGUCUGCCACCAGAGGGCGCUACAUACACCAGUGGCCAGAUUGGGUGAGAACCAGACUUGUCCUGUUCGUUAUUAAAAAUGAGAAAGCUGAACAUCAAUAUGAAAAUGUAUGUUAUUAAAGACAUAAAUAAGAACACAAAGAGGAAGUCCAUUUUGAAGGGAUAGAUAGACCCACAUUUCAUAAUGUGUUAAUUCUUGUUAUGGAAGUAGUCUAUGCGCCAAGGGUGCAACCUACAAUUUUCAUGAACUUCUUUUUGAAAUCCUUGAAUUCCAUUGCAAAAUCUAAAGUAGUCUAAGUGCACAACCAGUCCUUAGCAGUCCAUAGAUCAUCAAUGUUCAAAAAAGUUAAUGAAUGUAACACAAUCGUUUUCUGAGUAACUCCUUGACCUCUUUCCUGACCUCUUUCCCUUUUCAGUAUGGUGUCAGGCUUUGGCAUUAAAGAACAUGACAUCAUUGCCAACGAGCUCAGGUAUAUACGCCUACCAGUAGUGGGUGAGGAUAUGUGCCAAGACUCUGUCAAAAAAGCAAAAGCAGCAACGCCAACAACGAGGAUCCCUCUUCUGACAGACAACAUGUUCUGUGCCGGAGUACCUGAGGGGGGCAAGGACUCCUGUAUGGGGGACAGUGGAGGGGCGUAUGUCUUGAAGGAUGAUAGUACUAAACGUUUUUGGGCUGCAGGUAUUGUCAGUUGGGGUGUGGGUUGUGGUCAGAGUGGUAGAUAUGGAGUGUACACCCGUGUGGCUAAAUACAUUGGCUGGAUCAACAAAACCAUGGAGGACAAUAAGUAAAAUAUAUAGGUGAAGAUAACGAGGGAAAGAGAACAGAAAUACCGAUGUAAUUUUAAUUCAAGUCAUGCUUUAUGAAUCCAAAUAAAGCCCUAACGUUUCAUCUCUGCUUUUCUCGUGUGUGUUUGUGUGUGAGCGUGCGUUCCUGUUUGCGUGUUUGUGUCUGAGAAGAAAGAUAGAACGAAAGAUAAGAGCUUCGACAAUUUUGUGCUUGUGGACACACAUUUCUCUUUGCAACCAAUGAGGAAUUGCGUUAUUGCUCUGUGAUUGGAGGAUAUGCAGAAAAAUGAACAACUCUCUUUCACUUUCAUUCAGCAACGUUUCUCAAAAUUCUACAAUGACGCACCUGCGUCAAACGCUGAAAACAACCUAUAGCUCAAUGGAAACAACACAUACGCUGGAAACAUGGCAUAUAUUAAUCGGUGUUUGUUAAAAUUAAUACGUCUGAUAAAUCUUUAAAUAUUAUUUCAAACUAAUGACGUUCUACGCGAACAUUUAGUUGACCAUUUUACUUUAUUUAUUUGGUUUACCUUAAAACAAAAGUGAAAGUAACUUCACUGUAAAACAGCCUAACAUUUUAACUGUCUCUAAAUUGUAUUCUUAUAUCUUCGACUUUGAUUUCGAGGGUGGUCAUUAAUUAAAUUAUGAAAUUAGGGGUCUAUUCUGUAUAUUUAUGAAAGGCCUGUAAUUACUGUUGACUAAAAAGCGACUGGAAAGAUGCUUGAAAUCCUGAUUUUGGGGUAUUUGAUUACAUGCGUUUCUGGUAAGAACAUAUUUUUUUCACUCCUGACAUUUUCUAAACAUGAAAUGACUGUAUAUUCUGGACAUUAGUCAGCUAUGUGUCUUGUUUUAUAUGCUUUGUACAAAAUAAUAAAAUGCAGGACGACAGGGAUCUUUAUAAACGUAGCUCUUUAUUAACUAGCUAUAACUGGCAUGUUCAUGUGUCUCCGGCCAUGAUCAUCUUUUUAGAGAUGACCUCACCACCUGGGUGGUCUUAACCAAUCAUAGCGCAGUAUGCAUCCAAUUACAAUUCAGUAUGCUGACACAUGAAUAUUACACUAUGCUCACAUUCCUGCUCCUAAUGCCCUCUCCUCGUCCCUCUCUCUCGAUCCUGUCCUGUCCUCUCACUCCUCAUUCUCUCCCCCUCCUCCCCUUCUAUCCCUCUCUCUUAGGGAAGGGAGGAGCAGACGUGGUGCUGUCCUGUUCUCUGGUGGAGGAGGGUAGUGGGAUGGGGGGAAUGGGAGGUGGGGCUCUCUUCAGCCGCACCCCAGCCACGCUUGUCCUCAGAGACCUGGCCGUGACCCCUGAUCUUUCACCUGAUACUCUGACCCCCUUCAACCCUCCCGCUGUCCCUGAUCCUGACAACAUCAUCUUGGAGGCUAAAGGUUAGUUCAUCAUCAGGUUAUCUUUUGUACAAUAGAGUUACCUGAUGGAAUGACCUUCUCCCUCCCCUCACACCAUCUCUUUCCUGCACUCCCUCCCUCCCUCCCUCCACCUCUCUGCUCUCUGAUAGUUGAGUCUCCUGAGAUCCCAGAGGCAGACCUGCUGCUCCAUGCUGACUGUAACGAGCAGGAAGUGACAUGUGAGAUCAGCCGCUACUUCCCCCGUAAUGCCAAGGAGGGCUCCACAGAACCAGCCUAUUUCAUUGGCUCCUUGCAGAUAGAGGGGGGCGGGCUCAGCCUCACGGACCAAUCAGAUCGUCUAGCUCUCAUGCAGAGCAAACUGGAACUCCCCCUCAGCCAAUCAGGAACUUUGCUGACUGAGGGUGAGACAAGAAGGUUAUUAUCAUACUUCUGGUAGUAUGCCUGUUGUAGACUAGACGUGUCAUAUUGUAAUGAUGUAUAACACUGUUACUCUCUCUCAUUCUCUCACCCCUGCCUCUUUUCUCAUCACCCCUCUUUCUUUCUCUACUUUUCACUUGCUUCUUUCUCCAUAAUCCAUUCUUUCUCUCUCCCGUCUUCCCCAGUGGUGUUCCUGGUGUUCUCUCGCUCGCAGUCCCAUUCCGCUCCUCUAGGGGGCGUGGCCCUCCUGGACUGUGGCUUCAGGCAGCAGGCCCCACCCCCAGGGCAGGAGCUGGGUCUUGAGUGGCGGCUGCAGCACAGAGGAAGUGGGAGGAAAGUGCUCGAGAUUAGGGCGGAGCAGACGGAGACAGAGGAGGGGCCAGCAGGUGAGAGAAUAAAGGCAUUAUUUAAGUAGUUAUGAUGGUGCUAUAAGUGUUGGAUGAGUUGGGCCUACUUACCAUCACAACAUAAAGUGCAUUAGGACCUCCAUGGUCAACAUUCCAACUUUAUUAUCCACCCAGAGACGGAAAAUACAAAUGUAUUAUUGCUGUCAUAGCUAGGAACCCAGAGGUUUACUGAAGGAUUACUUUGAGAAUUGGACAUAAUCUUUCGCCUCGUCAUACUGUUUUGGCAUUGUUUUUUCCUCCUCAAGUACACGUGGAGAGGGAGGGUUCGAGUGUGGAUGCCGCCCUGCUGGUGGGGCAGGGUAAUGCGUCUCUGACUCUGGCCAGACUGAAGGUCUCUGACGAGGGGACCUACAUCUGCACCGUCAGCACUGGACUGUACCAGGCCCAGCAGGUCAUACAGCUACACGUCACACGUAAGUCUCUCUAAGAACCCUUGUGAUUGAUUGUCUCUUUACAUAGGCAGCAGGUAGCCUAGUGGUUAAGAGCAUUGGGAGCCGAAAAUGUGAAAAAUCUGUUGAUGUGCCCUUGAGCAAGGCACUUAACCCUAAUUGCUCCUGUAAGUUGCUCUGGAUAAGAGUGUCUGCUAAAUGACUAAAAUGUACAUAAUUUCUCUACACAUAUGAAUAUGCGUUUAUUACAUUAGGUGUCUAUGUCAUGUGUGACAUAGUGUGCACACUAUUCACAUCUAAAUACAAAGUCUCUCUGUCUUUAGAACCUCCUCAUGUUUCUCUCUCUGAGGAGAAGCUGGUAUUUCGGGAUGAGUUGCCCCAGAAACUGAGCUGCCACUGCAAGAACUACUACCCUCUGGAUGUCCAGGUGUGUGUCUGGUGCGGUCGACCAAUGAAAUAUCCAGUCAUUCAUAUUCACAGAUACCACUGUUUCAAAGUGAUUAGCACACAGUGAUUAGAUGUCUAAUACAAUCAGAAGGUCAUUGGUAGGCCAUCAUACAGUACUAAUAAUAUGGAUAUCCUAAAUAUUACAGACAUUAUACUGAGACUCUCUUCUCUCUCAGAUGGAGUGGUUCUCCGUCUCCUCUACAGACUCAGAGCCUAGCGUCCUAUCAGAGCAGGUGUCUCUCUCCAGCCAUCGGCAGCACAGUGACAGGACCAUGUCCAUCUCCUCCCACCUCACCCUGCACCCCUCCGCCUUCCCCCCUGGAACCACGGUCACCUGCAGAGUGACCCACCCAGCCCUGGAUACACCCCUCUCCCUCAGCCUGACAGUAGAGCCACCUGAGCCAGGUAGGCUGCUACAGACACAGGCGUGAGAGGACAAUCAGAAAUUAGGUGCACAUCAGCAUUGCCAUAAGGGUCACGUUCAUUAGGUGUGAAUGGACAACUAAAAUAGAAUGAGUGUUCUUAUCAGGCAGGUUCAGAUACUGCUCCUUUGCUAAAUGUUUUCUCCUGUUUGGUGCCUGCUGACUGUGAGUCAUUGGGAGAACCUGAGCAGAAACAAAAUAUUUGUCUUAACUGUUCCCUGUAGAUUCCUACUGGAUGGUCCUGGGUUUUCUGGUCAUCACCGUUCUGUUCUUCUACCAAGUGAUGAAAUAGGUAAGUUCCCCAUGCUUCCUAUGGACCUUGUAUUUUUAACUAUUGUUAGUAGUAAGACAACAGUAGCCUAGAGAUGCGAAGCAGAGUUCCAACCUAAUUCACAGACUUUCUUCAUUCUUGGAUUCUUUCAGGGUCGCAGAGACAUGGUAAUCUGAAGCUGUUGAAAACCAAUGUCUUAAGGGUUGCUG